AUGCCGGGCGAGCCCUUUUUCCUGAUAGCGGGGCCGAACGUGAUCGAAUCGGAGCAGCACACGCUCCACAUGGCACGGGCUAUCAAGGAGGUCGCUGACAGCCUGGGUCUGAGGUUCGUUUUCAAGGCCAGCUUUGACAAGGCCAAUCGCACGUCAGUGGAUGCGUUCAGAGGGCCAGGCAUGGAGCAGGGGCUUAAGUCUGACUCACAUUAUGAUGUUAUUUUACCCUUUGAUUCCGUUUAUACUUCAAUCUCACAUUCCUUUUUUCCACCCUCCCCCUUCCUCUUCUACACCCUCCUACCGCUCCCUGCUGUUGUGCAUCUUCUGUCUGGGAGUGGUGCAACAGAUCCUGGAGCAAACGGACCUUUUCAUUCACCUCCUCCUCUUCGCCAUUCAAACCCAAUCCCUGCUACUCCUUCUGUCCUUCCUCUCCUUCCUCUCCUUCCUCUCCUUCCUCUCCUUCCUCUCCUUCCUCUCCUUCCUCUCCUUCCUCUCCUUCCUCUCCUUCCUCUCCUUCUCUCCUUCCUCUCCUUCCUCUCCUUCCUCUCCUUCCUCUCCUUCCUCUCCUUCCUCUCCUUCCUCUCCUUCCUCUCCUUCCUCUCCUUCCUCUCCUUCCUCUCCUUCCUCUCCUUCCUCUCCUUCCUCUCCUUCCUCUCCUUCCUCUCCUUCCUCUCCUUCCUCUCCUUCCUCUCCUUCCUCUCCUUCCUCUCCUUCCUCUCCUUCCUCUCCUUCCUCUCCUUCCUCUCCUUCCUCUCCUUCCUCUCCUUCCUCUCCUUCCUCUCCUUCCUCUCCUUCCUCUCCUUCCUCUCCUUCCUACUCUCCACCCCCCCAUCACCACACGCACAGUGCGAGCCAGUGGCCAGGGUGGUGGACGUCAUUCAGAUCCCGGCUUUCCUCUGCCGACAGGUGGUGGUGGCAGCAGCAGGGAAGGUGAGGGCGGUGGGCAAUCCCCAUGUGAUGCUGCCAGGAGGAGGCCUGGCGAGUGGAGGGCAGAGGCAUCUCAUCCCGGCUGUGGCGCGGGCAUGUGUGGCGGUGGGCGUGGACGGCGUAUUCAUGGAGGUUCACGACAAUCCCGAGGCUGCUCCUGUGGAUGGCCCGACCCAGUGGCCACUUCAUCUGCUGCGGCCAUUGUUGACGGAAAUGAUUGCCAUUGCUGUACUCUGCACGCCUGGCGACCACGUGCUAUCUGGUGGCCUGUCAUCUACGAACCAUGUUGAAAUCAACCACUACCAGUACUCUUCACUGCUUCCUUCGUUUCUCCCCUUCUUCUCCUUCUGCCCCUGCAUUUCACCCUCCCGCCCUUCCCCCUUCCCCACCUCCCCUUCUCCCCGCCCCUCCCAUCCCCACCAACCACUUCCCCUCCCCGCGCCCACUGUUCUCCGCUCAUCAGCCCCAAUCACUCCAGCGCACGCAAUUCAAGUCGACCUGGCGGAAACCAAGUUACCACUAUCUCCGUGGGAGCAGGCUCGCGAGGCGAUCAGCCUCGCGAAAUCCAAGCUACCCAAGUUACCACGAUCGUCGCCGUACGAGCGCGAGUGGGCGAAGUAUCGCCAGCGCGACGGGCUGCUUUCGCUGGACUACGUGAAAUCGUUGCAGGCGAGGACGAAUGCAGCCAAAAAGAAGAGCGGCAGCAGCGACGUCUUUAAAGUCGUUUUUUGUUCCAACACGCCCACGCCCCCCGCCCAGGAGGGAAAUCUCUUCACCAACCCCAGCAUAGCGAACGGCACCACUGGCUGGCAAGGCUUUGGGUACGCGCCGAUUAAAGCCAUGGUCAACGCGACAGCGCCCACGCCCUACUCGUACCUGGUGGCAUACAACCGCUCGUACACGUAUGCGGGGCCCAAGCAGAGCGUGCGGGACGUGCCUGCGGCGGCUUACGAGCUGGCGAUCUGGGUGAAGCUGGACGCGGGGGAGCGGCAGUACGUCACUGCAUCGGCCAAGAUCAACAACAAGUAUUUGUGCAUCGGAGGGGCGAACGCACGGUCCACGUGCUGGACGAAAUUAACGGGGGGAUUUACCCUGCACGAGCCGGCCGCUGAGGUGGCGGUGUAUGUGCAGGGCGCAGCGGUGGGGACCCAGAUCUGGGUGACGUCAGCAUCGCUUCUGAAAGUGGAUAUGAACAUGUGGCGGAUCCGACAGAACGAGAACAUUAAGAAGUACCGCAUGCGGCCUGUGCGGCUGUCAAUUCAAGGGCUGGGGCUUGGCCUGGUGCCGGCACGUGUGCAGAUCGACCAGGUCUCUUCAGAUUUCCCCUUUGGCGCCAAUGUGAACGGUGCAAUUCUAUACGACACAGCGUACCAAGAGUGGUUCCUCAACCGAUUCAACUGGGCAGUGUUCAACAACGAGGGCAAGUGGUAUUUCAACGAGAGGAGGGAGGGAGUAGAGGACUACAAUGUGACAGAUGCGCUGGUGGAUUGGUUCAUCCAGAGGAACGUGAGCGUGCGCGGUCACAACAUCUUCUGGGCUGUUGAGAAGUUUGUUCAAACAUGGGUCAAGAAUCUAAACGACACUGCUCUAUGGGCAGCCAUGCAACGACGCAUGGCCAGUGCGGUCACCCGCUAUCAAGGCAAGGUGCAGCACUGGGAUGUCAUCAACGAGCCUCUGCAUGGCAACUACUACGGGCAGCGCCUGGGGGAGGACAUUCACUCGUGGAUGUUCAAGGCCGCGCGGGCGAUUGAUCCGAAUGUGCGGCUGUUUCUGAAUGAUUAUAACACGGUGGAGCAGUGUGACCGAGGGGCCAACCCAGAGGUGUACCUCGAGAAGGUGUGGAAUCUCAACGCAACUGGGGCGCCAGUCACAGGCAUAGGCGUCGAGGCUCAUUACAGUGGAGAGCCGCAGCUGGUUCGCUUGAAGCACGACCUGAAUCGCCUGGCAAUGGCCAAACUCCCCAUCUGGCUGACAGAGCUCGAUUUCAGCGAGGUGGAGUCGGAUGAACAACGAGCCGACUAUCUCGAGGCGGUGAUGCGGGAGGCCUUCUCGCAUCCCUCGGUGGCGGGCAUGGUGCUGUGGUCGGCAGGGCGGUCCACGUGCGAGUUCUACAAGGACAUUGACUCGGGCAUGUGCAACGCCUGUGACGCUUGCCUGGCGGAUUCAAGCUUCACAGAUAACGAGGCGGGGAAAAGGUUUGUGCGCCUGCGCAAGGAAUGGAGCACCCACCUGGGCAGAGUGAUCUGGCUCGGCCGAACCAUGAAACUCAGCCCGUUUCCCAAACCAAGGUACCAAGCUUUAAGAGCUGAGUGGAGCACUCACUUUGCAAGGCGAUCCCGGCUAAACUCGCCCCUCUCCUUCACAGCGUUCCAGGGCAGCAUUUCUACGGCAAGUGGGCGGCUCAGCAUUGCGCGGCAG